UGCAUUGGGGUCACACCAUUAUCAUCACGAAAAAGACUCUCUUCAAAAAGCCCACCUUCCAAUUUUCCUCCAAUAAAGGUCUUUCACUGCACCUUGACGCACAGAUUGUUUCAAUGGCUACAGUCCAAUCAGAUGCAACUUGGCCGGAGCUCUUGGGUAGCAACAACUGGGAAAAUCUCCUUGACCCUCUUAAUCUUUCCCUCCGCGAGCUCAUCAUCCGCUGUGGCGACUUCAUUCAGGCCACCUAUGACGCCUUCAACAACGACCAGGGCUCCAGGUACUGCGGCAGUAGCCGUUACGGCAAGAAACAUUUCUUCAACAAAGUCAUGCUUCAAUCCGCUUCAGAAUACCAAGUCGUCGCCUUUCUCUACGGCACCGCACGUGUGAGUCUGCCUGAAGCCUUUCUGCUCCACUCCAUGUCUCGGGAGUCCUGGGACCGUGAGUCUAACUGGAUUGGUUACAUUGCUGUCACCUCUGAUGAGAGGUCCAAAUCGAUUGGCCGCCGUGAAAUCUACGUGGCGUGGCGUGGAACCACCAGAAACUACGAAUGGGUUAAUGUUUUGGGCGCCAAGAUGGAAUCUCUUAGACCCUUGCUAAAGGAGAGUGUCAAAAUUGAAGAAAAUAGCAGCAGCGACAGUGAUGACGAUGAGAAAGUUCCAAAAGUGAUGAGUGGAUGGCUAACUAUUUACACCUCCGACGACCCCAAAUCGAAAUUCACAAAAUUGUCUGCCAGGGUCCAACUUAUGAGGAAGAUUAACGAGUUGAAGGAACAAUAUCAAGACGAGCAGCUAAGUAUAAUCCUUACAGGGCAUAGUUUGGGCGCAAGUUUAUCAAUUUUAAGUGCUUUCGAUUUGGUAGAGAAUGGCAUCACUGAUAUUCCAGUCUCAGCCUUUGUUUUCGGCAGCCCACAAGUUGGAAACAAAGCCUUUAACGAGAGGAUGAAAAAGUACCCAAACCUCAAGGUUUUGCACGUUAGAAACAAAAUUGAUGUUAUUCCUCACUAUCCAGGGCGAUUGUUGGGGUAUGUAUAUACAGGAACGGAGCUUCACAUUGACACAAGGAAGUCUCCGAGCUUAAAGGAUUCGAAGAAUCCCAGUGACUGGCAUAAUUUGCAGGCGAUGUUGCAUAUAGUAGCUGGAUGGAAUGGGGAGGAGGAGGAGUUUAAGCUGAAGGUGAAGAGGAGCGUGACUUUGGUGAACAAGUCGUGUGAGUACUUGAAGGAUGAACUGUACGUGCCUGGCUCAUGGUGGACGGAGAAGAACAAAGGAAUGGUGAGAGAUGAAGACGGAGAGUGGGCUCUGGCUCCACCGGAUGAGGAGGACCUACCUGUUCCCGAAUUUGACUGUUAGGUUGUGUGAGAGCCAUCAGCGCACCCUUUUUUGGAUUCCAUGGUGCUCCAACUUUUUCUUGUUAUAUUCAAUGUCUUGUUUGUAUCCGGAGUUUCGUCAUCUCCAUCUGUGUGUCAACCUAUCAUAUUAUUAAGUUUGUAAUGUAUCAUGGAAGCUUGAUGAAAGUAUGGCCUGGUGUAGCGAAUCAUGUAUUAAAAAAUAAUUUUUUUGGGCAAAA